AAAGUAAAAAUGUUUUUUUGCUUUUUCACAAAACAGAUAUUCAGUUAGCUAAUUUGUAAAUAGUUUCAAACAUUGUUUACUGGCACUCAGCCUUUAUGACCAGGAAACUGAAGCAGUCGGUACAAAUAUCUGGAAUAUUUGUCACAUGGCUAUAUUUCCCGGCUGUUGAACGACCAGGGAUCAUUUGAACUCUGAAAUGCAACUUCAGAUAUGCCUCUGUGGAAGGAGGCAUAUCUUCUUAGCGUCACUCGGGGUAGUAACUCCUCCUGAAAUAGAAACGAUGAACAAAGUGAUUAAUGAUUGAAGUAUUCAACUGCACCGAUGACAUAACAUCAAAAGCCACAGGCGUCCAGCUGGGUUUCCCCUCACACGCCUCUGUGUCUAAAGUCCACACCUGGCUUUUAUUCUGCUCAGUCAGCCGUUCUUUUAAGAUAGAAUGAUAAUAUCUAAGGUAUCUGUUCCAAGAGUGGAAACAUGUUCCCCCAGAUAUCUGUCAAAAAACUUCACAAUCGUUUGUGAAUGCACGGCGAAGACAUGGUGCAUUUAAGUGGCACUUUUAUCUUUUGGCCUUGGUCACUUGGCCUUGAACAUUGUUUACAUAUGACAUCACGAGGAGGAGGAAAAAAAACGCUGUGUCAAAUAAUUAUAGUAAUCUUUUUUUUUUCUCUUUGAUUUCUCCCAGGGCCUUCAUUGUAAGACCAAGCCAGACUCUCUGUUCCCUCCUCCGUGCCAGGCAGAGUCUGAAGGUCUCAACGUGUCCUCCGUCUUCCACAACAUCAGCCUGUCCACAGUCAUGAGCUGUGAGGGCAAACAGAAGUGCUCUCUACACCUCAGGGUCAAAACUGUGCUCCAGCUUCACGAGUCCGUCCAGGGUGUGUCCAUCUGCACGUCCACCGUGGGGAUGAUCAGGACCUGUCAGAUCUACAGCUUCAGGAGAUCGUCACGAAAGAGGCUGAUCGGGACGCAGGUCGAAGUUGAAAACGACUGCACUUUGGUUUCUCCAAACCAACAAGUGCAGGUGACGGUGAAGACCGUGCCCAGCUUCUGUGGCGUCACCUGGACCAGCACCUACAGAGCUCCAGAAUGCAUCAACGAAGACUUGAGGAGACAUGUCCCAGAAUGCAUCACUGGCAGGUUAUCGUACGUCGAUGACCGAGAGGAGAAGCAGCUGAGGGUCAGUGUCUCCGAGAUGCUGGAAGACCACGACUACCACCUGCGUCUGUGCUCCAAGGACUUCAUCUGUUACGGCACCGGAGCAAGUGCUCUGGUUAGUACUGUUUUAGAAAACUGUGAUCAGAUCACACUCAUAUAUAUUUGUUAACAAAUGUAAUAUAAU